AUGCCGGCCUCAGCGUCUACAUCGGCGGCCAAGUCGAGCCGGAUGCGGCUGAGCCAGCGCCACUGGGUGCAACUCAUCGAGGCGUGGCGCUCUGCGUCGCCGGCAGCGGACGCGCGCGACACGCUGGUGGACGAGAUCGCACACCAUGCGCAGACGAUCUGUCGUGAGGUCAAGGACAAGCAGUGGCUGGUCACAGCGUUCCACUUGGCCAUCCACGCUGUCUUGCUCGAGGAUAGCGAGCGCGCGCCGGAAGCGAGAGAGCUCUCGCGCCGCGAACAGCUCGGACAGCAACUGCUCCAGCUUGCAACGCAUUCGGUCGCCGCACCGUGGCUCAGCAGUCUCAAGCAACAGCAUGCCGACGCGCGACUGAUCGCAACGGCACAAGAGGCGCUGCAACGAUUCGAGCAGCUUUCGAAACGGCUGACUGUGUUUCAGCAACUGCACGCACUGGCGGACAAGAUGGCGCUGCCCGUCUUGCCGCUGCAGCUUGUGCUGGAAGAGCCGACGAAUAGUGUGCUACUGUGCAUCGCCUCGGUUCCCCAAGGAGCGGAGAUGGUCGCGCAGCUGCUAAAGAGCUGUGCGUGGCUGGCGGAAGAGUCGGCACCGGUGCGAUGGACGAUCGCCGCCCAGAUGGUGGCUGCCGCGCCGCCGUCGCAAGAGGCGUACGCGACACUUGGGAAGCACGGCAUGCUCAUCGCGUGGAAGAACGGAAGAGAGGCAAGCGCGUGGCAGACUGUCGCGACCAGUGCACCAGCCGUCUCGCUGCGGGAGUGGGCCGAGUUUUACGGCAAGGCGCUGGCGGCAAUGCGAAGCGACUCGGAGGCGGACGUGCUGCUCGACGCGCUGGCGAGGCAGUGCGAGGGGCAAGACGUGCAAGACGCCAUCGCGCGGCUUCGCAGCCAUCUCGCAAGCAAGCCAAGCGUAGCUCUGCAGGGCAACGGUAAACAGCAAGCCACCCCUGCCGAAGGAAGAAAAGAGACGGCGCGCUUCAGCCUAGAUGCGGUCAAGUCGCUGAGCGCGCAGGUGGUUUCGGCGGCGCGCAACAAGGACGCGACAGCAGCGGUAGCGCAGCAGCUGGUGGCGGAGCACGACCUGGAUGCGGUGUCGCAGCGCCUCACUGCGCUGAUCGACUGGAACGACGGCGGCGACACGCGAGCGUUCGCCAUCGAGGUCAUUGCGCAGGCGGCACGGUCAAGCGCAUCCUCGGAGUUGGCGCGGGUGGCAGCUGCGACGCUGUACGCCAGGCCGGCAGUGGGUGGCUUCCGGCUGGAUCUCGAGGCGCCCGAGCCGCUCAUGCACGCAGCCGAGUGUGUGCUGGCGCAACUUGCGGGCCAGGCCCACGCGACGACCAAUCCGCAGACGAAACUCGCGCGUUCGCUGCGGUGCGCACUUGCACUAGACGCCGAGAGCGUGGUUCCGGCGUGCCAAGUGCUUGCGCUUGUAUCGAGCGAGGACAGCGAGGAAGAGGUGGCGAAGAGCAUGCAGAUGCAUGUGCGCUGGCUGCGCUCCAUCGGCGCGCUGCUUGCGGGGCAGGGCGACAAGCCGCGGCUGGACCUGUGCUGGCUCGCCGCGUUUGGCGGUGACCGACGCGACACGGCGGGGAAGGAGGACGACGAGGCGCAGACGAAGCAGCUUGCGGCGCUCGAGUCGCUCAUGGAUGCAUUCGGCCGGGCCAACGCGCCACCGAGCUCGCUGGGCGGCCGACCGGAGCGCGCAGGUGCGGAUGCGGGGCUGCUGCGCUUCCGAGCGGCGUGGGAUGGCUUCUUCCACUCGACACUCGAAGUGUGCGGUGGCGAGUCGGCGUUGGCGUUGGUUUCGCGCGACAAGGCGAUGCGGUUGCUGCUGGGACAGGUGCUGCGCACGGGCGACGUGGAUCUGUUCACCUCGCUCAGCACGGGCCCGAACGCGCUAGGCGGCGAGGAGCGCGAGCAGCUCGUGCUCGACGUCUCAUCGUCGCUAUUCGACCAGGCCAGCGUGGCGUCUACGCGCAGCAAGGACGUUCGGCUCGCGCUGGGCGUGCUGGAUGCGCUACCCUCCUCACCGCGCGCCACGGCACAGCGAGACUUUAUCGACGCAGCGUGCAGAUUGGGCUCGUUCAAGAUCAAGUCGAUCCGACACGCGGGUCGGCUGUUGGAGCCAGCCGAGAUGCGCUCGACGACGGACAAGAUGGACUUGGUAGCGCGGCUGGUUGCGUCGCAGGAGGGCGUGCAUCGGUCGCCGGAGCUGGUGUUGGACCUAGCACAUCGUCUGUGUAGCCUCGACGCGGUUGCGGGGGGUAAGGGGAUGGUGGAGGUUCGAGUGCUGGCCAUGUUGGCAGACGCCGCUACGGCCGCUGAGGACUUUGACGCCGCUGCGGCGUUCUGUCAACGUCUGGUGGAGAAGGCACAGCGGUCGCGGAUGGGGGAUGCGGGGGUGGAGGUGGUGUGGAAGAGCUGUUUGCAGCUGAGCAAGCAUCCGAUGUGGACGGAUACGGCGGGGCGCAUCGGCAUGCUCGCGCACGCCAUGGCACUGUGUCCGCCGCACCAGCUCGCAGGGAUGCUGCGCCAGUGGAAUGCGCUCGACCAACAACUGGCCACCGAAAUCGACGAGGGCAGGGCGGUGGCCAAGAAGGAUGGCGCCAGGGCAGGGAUCCAUGCCGGACUUGUCGGGAGUGCUGCCAACCUCCUGCCGCUCUCCUUCUCGCCGCUGUCGUACUUUGGCGGGGCGAGCACAGCAGGGCCAAAGACAGCGACGAGGCAGGAGGGCGUGGAUGCAAGGACGGCGAGGCUGUUUGACUUUGAUGGCGUGUCCGGCGCGGCCGAGGGCGGCGGUGGCUACGUCGACCCCGCCGAGCGAGCGGUGAAUGCGGCGCGUGCAGCUCGCGACUUUUUGGGCUGGAAGAAGAGCGCAGGCGACGACAAGGGUGCUGGCGGUGCCGGCGGUGCUGGCGGUGUUGGUGGAUUCGCAGGCUUUUCGCUCAGUCGCGGUGUAGGCUGGCUCAUUGGCGAGGCGGACAGGCGUUCGUAA